CUCUUGUGGAACGUACGCUCAUGUCUGUUUCAUGUUCAAUAUUGAAAAACAGUCCGCUGGCUCGAUUUGAAACGCGAAGGUUGUUGACGGUGCGCGCGCGUUCUUGUGGUUGAAUCGAAGUUCAAGUCGUUCGCGUAAAGAAUACAUUCAGUUUUGGCCAAAAGCGAAAAGCGAACAGCGAACAGCGAUUGUUCUAACGCUUAUUUGAUUAGCUUGAAAAUUGUUCAACAUCAAGAAAAAACCAAUCCAAAAACUAAUUUGAGUGGAACAACAAUUUCGAAUACAUUUUCCAAAAAGGCCAAGGAAGUAAACAGAAGAGCAACAGCCGCAACAAGUAUUAAGAAGUAGAGGCCAAUCCCCGAACCCCAGAGGGAAGACAAGCAAAUAAGACAGCAAAAACAGCCAACGACAGGGGCCAAAUGCAAAUUCAUAAGGAGAGGACCUGAACCUGAAGAUACAACCUCCAGAUAGAACACAUUUCCGCACUGAUACAGUGGGUCGAGAGCGGGAGAGACAGAGAGAGGCAGUGUUUGUUUAUUGCAGCGACUCAACGACUGGAACCGAGAAGAUCCAUUCGCAAGAUGCCCGGCCACUUACACGCCAUACCGCAUCUUUGAGACCCCAGUGGCAUACCCCAAGCCACACACUCCGGCCUGCAUGCGUUGCACACACACAAUAUUCCAUCAGGCAGCAAUAUUUGGAGAGUGCCUUCGGUUGGUUGGGCAAUCGCCAGAUAAAUUCUAAUAAAUAGCCAGACAACAGAAUACUUGGCAUAAAAAUAAAUAAGAAUCGAAGAACGCGGAACGUGGAGAACGCAGCAGAACGCAGAACGAGCUACGAAUUCGAACGCAUUGCAACAGAUUCAUCAGAGGUGUCGAGUGCGUUGCCCAGGCCAGACCAGGCCACGAAAUCUUUGCGGCAACAUAGACGUAGGUCGCGGCCAAAGUGUUGCAAGGCAGGGGCCUAGCCAGAGGCAACGGCAACCGCAGCGAGGUGUACACAUUCGGCACCAUGGAGGGCGGUUACGUCAAUGAAGCCAUCAUAUCCUAUACCAAUCCCAAGAUACAAAUGCCCCUAAUGGCAUCUGCAAUAUACGCGCCCACCACAACAUCUACAGCUCCAUCUGCAGCAGCACCCGCUUCCGCUUCAGCUUCAUUAUCAUCACCACCACCACCACCACCUCCCUGCUCCUCAUCGGCAUUGGCAUCAUCCGCAUCCGCAUCCGCAUCCUCCGACCCGGUUGGGGGUGGUACGUUCCGUGGAUUCGUUACGAAAUUGCGUAAUUUCAAAUUUGAUGAUACGAAAAAUAUUAGAAAACGUUUCCAUUUCGAUUAUAUAUCAAAGGACAGAUUUUUGGGCGGUCAGCUCAAGACCAAGAAUGGCCAGAAGUACGUUUUCAAUGGACCGCCGACGGGCGUGUAUGUCUCCAGGGCCUGCCUGAUCAUCUCGGCCUUCAUUAUGAUUGUGGCGCUGCUCUUCUCCAUAGCCAUCACCUACUUCGUGGCCCGGCAAGGCGUCUCGCCCCCAACGGAAGCCAGUCCCGGUUGCAUCACCGCUCACCAUCCCGAGGUGAAUGCCACGCCCAUCGAGACUGCUGGAUGGCUAAGCCUCAAUGCCCCGCCCAAACCGCCUCCGGUCGUGGAGACGGAGACGAAGAUGGCGCCGGCUCCACCCGUGGGUGACAUAAUACCCGUGCCCAAGCCGCCCACGGAAGUCCUCGAUAACAGCACUAAGCCCACAGAUCGGCCCCUCAAGCUCUACGAGGGCUGGCGUCCACUGCACUACAGCCUCCUGAUUGAGCCAAACAUUGUGACAUCGUCCAACAACGGCAGCCUGACCAUCGAGAUCGAACGGGACGUGGCCAAGGUGAGCGCCUGGCAGCCCAUCGUGCUGGACGUGCAUAACGUGAGCAUCGCCAAUGUGCGUGUGAUCCGGGCGCCACUUCCGGGCAAGACCAGCAAUGGCAGCGACGAGCUGGAGCUGGACUUUGACAGCGACUAUGGUGAGGACAAUGCCACAUUUGUGGUCCGCUUGGACAAGUCCUUGGCCGCGGAGACAAAGUUGCGGCUGCUGCUGAGUCUGGACUUUGUCAGCCAGGUGACGGAGACCCUGCAGGGUGUCUACAAGACCAGCUACACCAAUCCGGAUACCAAAAAGCCAGAAUGGAUGAUCAGCACACAAUUCUCGCCGAUCGAUGCGCGACGCGCCUUCCCCUGCUUCGACCGUCCCGACAUGAAGGCCAACUUCUCCAUCAGCAUCAUCCGCAACAGCCAGUACAAAAUGGCCCUCUCCAACAUGCCCAAGUCGCACAGCAGUGCCUACCGUCCGGGCUUCAUAAGAGAUGACUUCCUGACCACGCCGAAGAUGCCCACGUAUCUGGUGGCCUUCAUUGUCUCCAACAUGGUUGACUCGCGCUACGCGGCUCUCGACAGCAGUGUGGUGCCGCGCGUGGAGAUCUGGACACGGCCGACGUUUGUGGACAUGACCCACUAUGCGUACAAGAUGGUGCGCAAGUUCCUGCCGUACUACGAGGAGUACUUCGGGAUCAAGAACAAGCUGCCGAAGAUCGACCUGGUGUCGGUGCCGGACUUUGGCUUCGCGGCGAUGGAGAACUGGGGCCUGAUCACGUUCCGGGACUCGGCGCUGCUGGUCCCAGAGGAUCUGGAGCUGGCCUCCUCGUCGGAGCAUAUGCAGUACGUGGCCCAGAUCAUUGCCCACGAGCUGGCCCACCAGUGGUUCGGCAAUCUGGUGACGCCCAAGUGGUGGGACGAUCUCUGGCUUAAGGAGGGAUUCGCCUGCUACAUGAGUUACAAGGCCCUGAACCAUGCCCAUCCCGAGUUCCAGAUCAUGGACACCUUCACCAUGAUGGAGUUCAAAGAGUCGAUGCAGCACGACGCGGACAACACCUCCCAUGCCAUCUCCUUUGACGUGAAGUCCACCAACGAUGUGCGCCGCAUCUUCGAUCCGAUCAGCUACUCCAAGGGCACCAUUCUCCUGCGCAUGCUGAACUCCAUUGUGGGGGAUGAGGCCUUCCGCACGGCUACCCAGGAUCUGCUGAAGACCUUCGCCUACGAGAACAUGGACCGCAACGAUCUCUGGGCAAUCCUCACCCGCCAUGGCCACGAGAAGGGCACUCUUCCGAAGGAGCUGAACGUCAAGCAGAUAAUGGACUCCUGGAUAACGCAGCCGGGCUAUCCGGUGGUCAAUGUGGAGCGCCGUGGGGCCGACUUGGUCCUCCGCCAGGAGCGAUAUCUGCUGCCCGCCCGCAAUCCUGCGGACCACAGCCGCUGGUUCAUCCCCAUCACCUUCGAGACGGACGAGCUGCACAAGGGCGACAACAUCCCCACGCACUGGAUGACCAACCAGGAGGACCAGCAGGAACUCAUCGUUAGCCACGUCUUCAACAGUGCCAGCAACAACGACAGUGUGGUCUACUUGAAUCUGAACCGUCAGGGCUACUACCGCGUCAACUACGACAUGAUCUCGUGGCUGGCUCUCAAGAAGAACUUCAGCACCCUGCCACGGAUAACGAGAGCCCAGCUGCUCGACGAUGCACUCCACUUGUCGCAGGCAGAGUAUCUGCCCUACGACAUACCUCUGACCUUCCUCAUGGAGCUCUACACGUCCGUGGAUGAUGAGCUGCUCUGGAGUGCUGCCAAGCCGGGACUCAACUAUUUGAUCUACAACCUGAAGCGGGAACCAGCCUAUGAGACUUUCAGGGCCUUUAUGAAGUUCAUCGUUCGUCCGGCCUUCGAUCAGUAUGGCCUGAACGAGCCCGACAACGAGUCCCAUCUGCAGUUGAAGCAUCGCGCUUUGGUGGCCAACUUUGCCUGUAAAUUCAACUACGAUCGAUGCACCCAGGUGGCCCAGUCCAAGUUCCGCGAAUGGAUGCGAAAUACCAAAAAGAAUCCAAUUAAACCGAAUCUGAAAUCGGUGAUCUACUGCACGGCUCUGGCGGAGGGUUCCUAUCCAGAAUGGUACUUCGCCUACAAGCAAUACAAGACAACCACAAGCGCCUCUGAAAAGGAGGAGAUACUCACCUCGUUGGGCUGCACCACGAAGCCCUGGCUGCUGUCCAAAUACCUCAACAUGACCAUCAAUCCCACGUCGGGCAUAAUGAAGCAGGAUGGUGCACUGGCCUUCCGCGCCGUGGCCUCCAAUGCCAUUGGCUACGAGAUUGCCUUUGAUUUUCUGCAGAGCAAUAUUAAGGAGAUUGCCGAAUACUACGGCGAUGGUUUCUCCACCCUCUCCGAGAUGAUCAAAUCCCUGACCAUCUACAUGAACAAGGAGUACCACAAGCAGCAGCUGCAGGACCUGGCCGUCAAUUGCCGCAAGCUGGGCCUCAGGGCCGUCGAGACAGCCAUCAACCUGGCCAUGGAGCAGGUCAACGAUAAUAUCUAUUGGCGCACACACUCCUACCACAGCCUCAAGAACUUCCUCGAGGGCAUUGUCAGCGAGUUCCAGAUUAACAUCUUCUAAGUUGGCUAAAGCUGAAGCUGAAGAAAGAACAACAAGAAAAGAAAACUCAAAUUGAAUUCAACCAAAAACGCGAUUUAAUUAUUAUGAUAACUAUUACCAUUAUUUGUAUUCAUUCGAAAGCCUCAAAUUAAUUUAAAGAAAACGAAUUAUUUGCGAAAAGUGAUAUAAACGUGUAAGUUAGCCAACAUAAUUUAGGUAAACGAUAUACUUUUUGCAAUUGUAUAUUUAUUUAUUAUAAGUCGGGCUUCUUCUGCUUCUUGGUAUUGCUCUGUAACGUUCCUAUUAAUGCAGAAAUAGUGAGAGCACUCACCGCACAUCGUGUUUGAGUAACAAUAGAUCUAAUGCUGCUUUUGUAAAAUCUUAUCUGUAUACUAUGAUAUGAUGAACCAUGAUUGUCAAGUACUCUACUUUUGUGCACACCUACGUAGAUCCUAAGCGAAUCAAAUUAGCACUAAGUAAACCAAAAAUCUAUUUUUUAGUCACAUCAAAAUCAAGAAAGGUAGUGCACGCCUACAGUUUAUUAAGAUAUUGCGGGAAGAAGCGACCAUCCAUAAGGAUGGGUGGGAUGGGAUGGGGUGGAAAAAUGAGUGUCCUUAAUGCAUGGUUAAAAAUGUUGUUAAAGCAAUAAGCGUACACUUACAUGCACACACAAAAAUACAUACAUUUAUAUAAACACA